AGGUGUAAAAAAAACCAUAUUCAGGACAUUCCCCUUCCUAAGCAAAACUGCAAUUUGCAAAAUCAUCGGUGACAGGUAAUGGUGACUGGUGAUUCAUUACUGAUGAUGUCUUGGGCCAAAUUCCAGAAGCCAAUGUAUAUUCAGAAGGGGCAGGGAGAAGAUCUGCACGUAUGACUUCACCCAGAAGCCCUGGCAUAUAAACAAGAGGUGAGUCAGUUUUACCCAAUACCAGGCCUAGCACUUUCCAAACAGAUUGAGACCAUGGCAGUCCUCCAUGCCAUGCUGCUGCAGCCACUGAAGAUGUUUCUGUGCCUCAGUCUGCAGCUUUCUUUUGCCACCUUUAUAAGGUACAGUAACACCUGCUUCACCUUUGAUGAAUAUUACACCAUCACCCUAGACAUCAAGGCCAGUUCACAUAUCUACGAAAGCAAUGCAGUCUAUUCUGAAUUCGUUUCCGUGAAUGACAGCGUCUAUGCUGUGGUCAGGAAAGCCUUGGACAAGAACGGUGACUCAGUGGGCCUCUGGCAAAGAGCGGAUGAAGAUUGCUACAGCAACUCCACGUUUUACGUGAAUGAUCAAUACAUGACAGUCUUAGAGGCACAGUGGCAAGCUCCUAAAUCUGAGAACAUAACUGAAGUGGAGAUACAAGCUUUCUCUGUCCAGACCAGAGCCCUGCCUCUACUUUCUACUCUGAAGCUGACAGAAAAAGUGUCAACCUUAACCUUAGCCGCCAAGAUUCCCCAGAGCUCAGCCUUGAAGCCUUUCCUCUUGAUUACGCCCAAGAGUAUCAGACUCGAAAGCUUGGCCAACCGAGUCUUCAGCAGCCCCAUCACAGAUGCUAUUUAUAUCCUGCGCUUUCUCACCAGCACACUUCUCUUCUAA